UUCACAGUAUUGAAGAGCUACACGGGGCUGCUCGAUUGCUCUUGCGUUGAUUAAUAGAGACUUGCUAGCUGCUGUAGAACUGAUUUGAGCGCAUCUUGGGCGGUGUGGCAUUGCUUAUAUUUCGCCCUUAAAACUGAUUAUACUUUCUUAGAAAAUGGCUGAUGAAGAACUGGAAGCGAUUAGACGGCAACGCAUGGCAGAACUUCAGGCAAAACAUGGGGACUCCAGUGAUCAGCAAGGCCAACAGGAAGCUAAGCAGAGAGACACAGAAAUGAGGAACUCCAUACUGGCUCAAGUUCUGGAUCAGUCAGCCCGUGCCAGAUUGAGUAACCUGGCACUGGUAAAGCCAGACAAAGCAAAAGCAGUUGAAAAUUACCUGAUACAAAUGGCACGAUUUGGCCAGCUUGGUGGAAAGAUUACAGAGAACGGUUUGAUAGAGAUCCUUGAAAAAGUCAACCAACAAACAGAAAAAAAGACAACUGUCAAGUUUAACAGACGGCGAGUGAUGGACUCUGAUGAAGAGGACGAUGAUUGAAAUGAUGGCUGACAACAAUCAGUUUGCUGGAAAAGCAUUUUUGAGAUAUUCUGGUUGUUUCUUUAAACCCAGAGUAAGUAACUGUGACCAACCAAAGGCCCUGUCUAAGGAGAACCUCCUGCGAUAGAGACUCUAGACUUUUGGGGACACAGAAACUUCUCACUCAUGUUGUCUCUGUUAUAUCACGUUUCACUACGGUUCACUGGAUGUUUUUUGCCACAAGCCAACAAAUUGCAGUAAAGGAGUAUUUCUGCAGUUACAUUUUGCUAGGGACUGCUUUGGGAAUACAUUAGUCAUCUCUUAAUUAGUGUUAAAAAUAAACAUGCCUCAUUAUCAUAUCUCUACUUGUAGAUUCCCUCCUUUUUCUGACAUGUAUGUGCAGCUGUUUACAUAAUAAAAAAGCCUUAAACAUCA